AUGCCGCGGAUCAAUACUAGUCAUAAGUCACAUCCCUUCAUGAUAACUCUGAUAAUAUCUGCAAUAAAAACAACACUCAAGUGGAAUAAUAUAUAUACUAAGCGACCCAAUUGGCCGAAAUCGUUGUCACAACGCUCAAAAUCUGGACUUGGUGAAGGAGUCGACCCUUUGAAAAUGGCUGAGGAUUGGAAACACACAGCUCUUCUUGUCAUCGACAUGCAGAAAGAUUUUAUAGAAAGAGGUCCUGUGCUACUGAAAGGAGGGAAAGAUAUUGUCCCCAAUGUGAUUAAGGCUGUGGAAGUUGCCAGGGAGCGUGGAAUUCUUAUAGUUUGGGUUGUACGCGAACAUGAUCCCUUAGGAAGAGAUGUUGAACUCUUUCGUCGUCAUCUAUAUGGUCCAGGGAAAGUUGGUCCAACCUCUAAAGGAAGUGAAGGCGCAGAAUUAGUUGAUGGGUUGGUAAUUAGAGAAGGGGAUUAUAAACUGGUGAAAACCAGGUUUAGUGCAUUCUUUUCUACACACCUUCAUUCAGUCCUUCAAGGAGCUGGAAUUAAUAGUUUGGUGGUCACGGGUGAUGUUCAAACUCCAAACUGUAUCAGGCAAACUGUCUUUGAUGCUGUAGCAUUGGACUACAAACCUGUAACUGUUAUUGUUGACGCCACAGCGGCAGCGACACCUGACAUUCAUCUUGCCAAUGUGUUUGACAUGAAAAAUGUUGGAGUUGAAACCCCAACAUUACAAGAGUGGAGCGAAUCCAAAGCUUGAUCUGUAUCAACCGUCCCUGUGGUGUUCAAUUCCAAGACUCAAAAAGUGUUGAUGCCUUUUGUCAAGUUAAGCUGUAAAGUGAACUGAAACUACUUAUAUUGCAGUACUUGAUUCUUGCACUGUUAAAUAAUGACAUAGCUAUUGUUGUUUAUUUUAGCAUUGAUGACACCUUUUCUGGU